UCCAAAUGAAUUCAUGACGUCACGUUUCGCGCGCACAUAUCAAUUGGCUAAUAAGCGACGCAGGUACAACAUUGCUAUAUAAGUUGGGAAUUUUGUUAGUUUAAAUUCAGAAUUUAAUGAAGACACAGCUAAGAAGGAACAUCUUAUAAAGAAAAACUUAAGCAACUUUAAGUGAUAACAGAAGCAAAAUGAACCAGGUCUCUCUAGCAUUCAUAACUACAUUAGUGACGUACUGCCUGAUCUGCUCUGAUGCAUUUUAUAUAAAUGACGAUGAUGAAACGCCUUCCGAACCAGGCUACAGAGAUGUUCUUGAUCUCGACACAGGAGGCAAUGCUGGGUUAAGGAAGUUAUUACUGAAAAAACUUCGUUUUAGAGAUGUACUUAAAGAGCACAUGAAGCCACCAGAGGAAAUCCUUGAAAACACAAACGAGGCUGCUGACUCAAAAGCAAGACAUAAAGCCGCUAAGCGACACCAAAUGGAAGAUUUAAUGUCACGUGUUCAACAAUAUAUAAGCCACAUGAAGGAGCGACAGAUAAAGGAAUCAAUGUCGUUACCAAGUCUACGAUUCGGACGAUCUGGUAUCAACUGGAAAGACAUCCAUUAGCUGUGAUAAAUGAACAUAAACAACAAUCUAGUCAUAAAAAAUAGAAAUCUAUAUUUAUCUAUAUUGAAUAUUCCUUAUUUCUACAUUGUGGGUCUUAUUAGAAAUACACACAAAAAUAGACACAAUAUAAAUCAACGGAAAUUGACUAAACUAGAUAUAAAUAAACAUGACUUGGAAAAUGUAACGUUGACAUAUUUGGAUAAAUUGUUCAUUGUGUUAUUUUACCUAAUAAAUUCUAAGUUUCGAUCUGAGCGUCCUAUGUCAGGUUACUCAUACAUAUUUAUAUUUGUU